GUGAAACUUGUUAACAGACUGACUCUCAGAGUUGAUGCUGUGGUAGAGCCAAUGAGGCUUUGAUUGAGGCCAGUGAUAGUUAAUGAGUUACUGAGCAAAGGUGCAGGCUGCAGUGGACGUUUGUUCAGCUCCUGCGUGACUCAUGCAGUGACAAGAGGCUGGACUUUAGCAGGACCAACAUCUACUGUGAGGAAUUGUUUUUUAUUUGGACAAAUGUGAGCUUUGUUGACUAGUGGACUAGGACACGGUGCUGCUAUGGCCGAACAGAACCCUCAGCCGCCCGCCUCGGGCUCGUCCGGUAAGCUGGACCAGGUGCAGAGCCAGGUGAACGAGGUGAAAGACAUCCUGAAAGACAACAUCGACAAAGUGCUGGAGAGAGGAGACCGGCUGAAUGAUCUGAUCGACAAGACAGACGACCUGCAGGCAUCCGCCGACUCCUUCCAAAGAACGUCUACGCGCGUCGCCCGCAAAUACUGGUGGAAGAACAUAAAGAUGAUGAUCGUCAUCGGCGUGAUCGUGCUGGUCGUCGUGAUCCUCAUCAUCCUCGCUGCCACCAAGGUUAUAUGAAUCCUGUCCGCCGGAAGAGACCUUCACAUUUCAGCUCCCAGAAUGACACCGGAUGAGCCCCCCCCCCCAUCACUGAAGUUCAAUCUUUUUUCUGACAAAUGUCUUAACACUCCAAGAUUUGACAAACUGUAGCAAUGAAACACAAAUCCAAAGUGUUUAGAAUGUUUUUAUUGAUGCCUUUUUAAUGUCCAAUACACCGUGUAUAUAUAGUGUAAGUUCUUGUCAAAUUCUGUAAUAACAUGUAUUAUAUGACAGAUGAUAAAAGAAAAAAAAAUGCUGAAA